AUCAGGUGGUUGCAGAGCUUCAGCUCACAGCAACACAAUGCAGCUGAGCAGGCAAGCACAGCCCACAGUCAGACGCGGCUCCCGCUCUCCAGAACAAGGCGACCUUUAAGUGUAAGUUUCCGGGAGAAAAUGAGAAGCUGAUGCUGAAGACGACACUAUGGCUUUGAUGGAAUAUCAGAUAUUGAAAAUGUCUCCCAGCUUGUUCAUCCUUCUGUUUCUCACACCUGGUUUUUUAUGCACUUGUCCUCUCCAGUGUAUAUGCACGGAGAGGCACAGGCAUGUGGACUGUUCAGGCAGAAACUUGACUACAUUACCAUCUGGACUGCAAGAGAAUAUUAUACAUUUAAAUCUGUCUUAUAACCACUUUUCUGAUCUGCAUAACCAGUUAACCCAAUACACCAAUCUGAGGACCCUGGAUAUUUCAAAUAACAGGCUUGAAAGCCUACCUGCUCAGUUACCUCGGUCCCUCUGGAACAUGUCUGCUGCUAACAACAACAUUAAAUUGCUUGAUAAAUCUGAUACUGCUUAUCAGUGGAACCUUAAAUAUCUGGAUGUUUCUAAGAACAUGCUGGAAAAGGUUGUCUUCAUUAAAAAUACACUAAGAAGCCUUGAGGUUCUCAAUCUCAGUAGUAACAAACUUUGGACAGUUCCUACCAACAUGCCCUCUAAACUACACACUGUGGACCUGUCUAACAAUUCCUUGACACAAAUCCUUCCAGGAACAUUAAUAAACCUGACAAAUCUCACACAUCUUUACCUGCAUAACAAUAAGUUCACAUUCAUUCCAGAUCAAGCUUUUGAUCAACUUUUUCAGUUACAAGAGAUAUCCCUUCACAAUAACAGGUGGUUAUGUGACCACAAACAAAACAUCACUUACCUAUUACAGUGGAUGAUGGAAACUAAAGCCCAUGUGAUAGGGACUCCCUGUUCUAGCCAAAUAUCAUCUCUGAAGGAACAUGACAUACACCCUACACCUUCUGGAUUUACCUCAAGCUUGUUCACUCUAAGUGGGACGCAGACAGUGGACACCAUUAAUGCUCUGAGUAUGGUAACGCAAUCCAAAGUGACCAAAAUACCCAAACAGUAUCGAACAAAGGAAACAACGUUUGGUGCCACUCUAAGCAAAGACACCACCUUAACUAGCACUGAUAAGGCCUUUGUGCCAUUUCCAGAAGAUACAUCCACAGAAACCAUCAAUUCACAGGAAGCAGCAGCUGCAACUCUAACUAUUCAUCUCCAAGAUGGAAUGGUUACAAACACAAGCCUCACUAGCUCAACAAAAUCAUCCCCAACACCCAUGACCCUAAGCAUCACUAGUGGCAUGCCAAAUAAUUUCUCUGAAAUGCCUCAGCAAAGCACAACCCUUAACUUACGGAGGGAAGAGACAACCACAAGUGCAAAGACUCGCUUAUCUUCUAUGGCAAGUGCUUGGAAAGUAAAUGUUUCACUUCUCUUAAUGCUUAAUGCUGUGGUCAUGCUGGCUGGCUGAGGGUCUGCAUUUUCUGAAACCAAUGAGAGAAAUCUUCCCCUGAUACAUAGUUGGGAAAAUAAACCCCUAUCUAACCAGUGAUUCACGCUAUAUUAAAUAUUUGAGAAAAGUCAGUCUUACAUUUCUGACUCUGAUGUAAAUGAAGUAACUUGUCUUAAAUAAAAGUGCACAAUGUCUUGGUACUUGCUGCUAUUUUACUGUCUUAAGUAAAACUAAUUUUUUUUUAACAACUUGUUUUCUUUUUAAGGCUUAAAUUUAUUGCACAAGAUAUAAAGCAUCUAAACUUUAAUAUGUAUUUUAUGUAUGUUUACAUUGUCAAAACAUCUGGGGGAAAAUAAAAAGGUCUAUGCUCAGAA